AUGCAUAUGACUAACAGACAGUAGUGACCAGAUGUUCUCCUUCCAGACAGGCCUUUGUGUCCUUUCUAGACAGCCCCUCCUCAGGGCUCAGUGGCUUGUUGCAUGCUGAGCUCCCAGGAGGUCCCAGGGGUGUGACCUCUCUCCUCCUUCUUCCCCACCCCCCACCCCAGGGCCACCUAUAAAGCUGGUCUGUAUCAGCCCUCAGUAGACCCAAGACCCUUUCAGGACACCCAAGGACACACAUUUACAGCUCCUCCUGCUCCUGGGCAGCGAUAUGCAGUCCCCAUGGCUCUGCUGGGCACUCUGGGCACUGUCCCUGGUUGGCUCGGGGACAGCUCUGACUGGAGAGCAGGUCCUGGGCAGCCUACUGCAACAGCUGCAGCUUAGUCAGCCACCUGUCUUGGACAAGGCUGAUGUGGAGGGGCUAGUCAUUCCCUCCCAUGUGAGGGCCCAGUAUGUGACCCUGCUACAGCGCAGCCAUGCCAGCCGCUCCAGAGGGAAGAGGUUCAGCCAGAACUUUAGAGAGGUGGCAGGCAGGUUCCUGGUGUCUGAGACCUCCACACACUUGCUAGUGUUCAGCAUGGACCAGCGGCUGCCACCCAAUAGCGAGCUGGUGCAGGCGGUGCUGAGGCUCUUCCAGGAGCCGGUCCCCAGAACUGCUCUCCAGACUGCUCUCCGGAGGCAAAAGAGGCUGUCUCCACACAGUGCCAAGGCUCGGGUCACCAUUGAGUGGUUGCGCUUCCGUGAAGAUGGCUCCAACCGCACAGCCCUCAUUGAUUCCAGGCUCGUGUCCAUCCACGAGAGCGGUUGGAAGGCCUUCGACGUGACCGAGGCCGUGAAUUUCUGGCAGCAGCUGAACCGGCCCAGGCAGCCACUGCUGCUGCAGGUGUCGGUGCAGAGGGAGCACCUGGGCCCGGGGACCUGGAGCGCACACAAGUUGGUUCGCUUUGCUGCUCAAGGGACUCGGGGCAGAGAGGGGCGGGGCGAGCCACAGCUGGAGCUGCACACGCUGGACCUCAAAGAUUAUGGAGCUCAAGGCAAUUGUGAUCCCGAGGCGCCCGUGACUGAAGGUACCCGAUGCUGUCGCCAAGAAAUGUAUCUGGACCUGCAGGGGAUGAAGUGGGCGGAGAGCUGGAUCCUUGAACCUCCAGGGUUCCUGACUUAUGAGUGUGUGGGCAGCUGCCUGCAGCUGCCAGAGUCCCUGACCAUCAAGUGGCCAUUCCUGGGGCCACGGCAGUGUAUUGCCUCAGAGAUGACCUCCCUGCCCGUGAUUGUCAGCAUGAAGGAAGGAGGCAGGACCAGGCCUCAGGUGGUCAGCCUGCCCAACAUGAGGGUGCAGAGGUGUAGUUGUGCCUCUGAUGGGGCGCUCAUACCCAGGAGGCUGGAGCCAUAGGCACAGGCUGUGGCCUCUCCAAGGAUGUGACUUCCAUGUAUAUCUGAAGUGUUCUAUUGCUCCAGGAGAGAUGCGGAUUUUG